CCGCACAAACCCCUCGACGUCGACAUUGACGUCGACUUCCAUACUUGGAUAGAUAGAUAGAGCAAGCAGAUAUCACAUCAUAUCUAAUCUAUAGCACCCUGCACAUCACUAUAAACCACACGACAACACGGCAACACAACCAUUCCAUUCGCCCAUCCCCCCGAAUCCCAAAUCCCGAAUCCCGAUGAUCGCAAAACAACUGGCGUUAUGUAGUCUGCACUGUACUGCACUGCACACUGCACUGCAGUGCAGUGCACGGCACUCUAUCCACGUAAUCAGGGUACAUAUGAAGCAUAUGAAUGCAGGAGGAGGAGCAACAUAUAUUUCCGUCUACCUGCCCGCUGUCAUAUGUAUGAUAAAAGUACACGCUCGAGUAUGUAGAUACACGCUACACUGCUACAGGUUCCAUCUAGCUUCUAUCCCUGCCGCCGUCGCCGCCAAAAACAAACACCCAGAAGAAGAAACCAGAAGUAAAGAAGAAGAAAAGAACAGACAGAUUUUUUUUCCCAUUCCCAAACCCGAAACCGCUUAAACAAAAGAAUGAGGAAUCAUGAAAGAGAAAGAAGAAGAAGAAAUAAUGAUGGCGUCGUCGUUAAGAGGGGAGGAGUAUGUC